ACCGGUGUCGGAUAAUCGCAUGUGGGAGAAAAAUCGUUACCUGUUGAUCCAAAUGUGUUUUUUUUCCAACUAAUUAACUGAUGUUUAAAUCUUUUAUACGUGAUAUCGAUUAAAGUAGAGCGCGGAGUAAUAUCCUCGUCACGUAGGUCUCGUUUGAUGAGCGUUCAUCACAUUUUAUUUCGCUGUCAGUUGUUAUGUUAUUUGGGACAAUGUGGUUGAGAAUGCAAACAGAACAAAAUUCGUUUUGAUACUUUAAAUGUCUGUGACAACCUUGGAGUUUUAUCAAACUUACAUCGAAUAAACUUCACACACCGAUAGAUAGUGCAGUUGAUAACUUGUUUUAUCUCAACUGCGUUUGAUAUUUAAUUUGUCGUCUGCUUUAGCAAAUGUAAACAAUGAACUGAAAGUUGGAUGGGGUAGUUUUAGGAUGUUAAUCGUACAAACUCGAUCAAAAAUGAAGUGGAUUACGUUAUUUUGUGUCACUUCGAUUCUGUUUGGACACGGGAAUUCGUUCACACCCCAAGACCACUACCAUUACAACAGAUGCGAGAAAAUAGACAUACCCAUGUGCAACAACCUGAGGUACAACAUGACGAGAAUGCCCAACCUGGUUGGCAAUCAGAACCAGAAGGACGCCGCCAUGCAGGUGCACGAGUUCCUGCCGCUCGUGCAAGUCGGCUGCUCCAAGUUCCUCAAGUUUUUCCUGUGUUCGCUGUACGCGCCAAUGUGCACGGACAUGCAACAGACUGGGGACGAGCGGGAGACGAUGGUGGUCCCUGCCUGCAGGUCAAUGUGCCUCGAAGUCAGGAGCAAAUGUGAGCCCGUGUUGAACAAAUUAAACUUCCAAUGGCCUAAAUCCCUGGACUGUGGGCCGCUGCCCGAGAAAAGCGACCCAAAGGAAGGUGUUCUGUGCAUGGAGGCGCCUAGUGACGCUGAAGAUACGGAGGAUUUGGGCACUAUCGGCGGGCAUGGAAAGAAAUACAAUGAAGAGCUGAUAAGGUAUUUUGAAACAUAUAAAAAUCUUGAUUCGAACGAACAUAAAACGACGAAAACAAAUCCUCCAGCCCUUAUCUGCCCCGACAGGUUUGUGUUUGUUGAUAAGAUACAAAGGAGAAACAAUUCAUGUGCGCCCAGAUGUAAUGUGGACGUAUAUUUUAAACAAGAAGACAAAAACUUUGCCGAGAUAUGGACAAUAGUAUGGGCUUCGAUAUGCUGCCUAUCAACUACAUGUACGGCUCUCACAUUUCUCAUAGACACUCAACGAUUCAAAUACCCUGAGCGUCCCAUUAUCUUCUUGUCAAUGUGCUACGCAAUUUACUCAAUAGCGUUCGUGAUCCGUGCAGUUACGGGUCCCGGCGCUAUUUCUUGUGACCGAAGGCGGGACGGGUCUGAAUAUCUUAUUCUGGAGGGCCUAGAUAGUACUUGGUGUAUUAUAGUCUUCCUAAUCUUGUACUUCUUUGGCAUGGCCGGCUCCUUGUGGUGGGUGAUACUGACAAUCACUUGGUUCCUUGCUGCAGCCCGGAAGUGGGGACAGGAAGCGAUAGAGGCCCUCAGCAGCUACUUCCAUCUAGCUGCAUGGGCCAUCCCCGCAAUAAAAACAAUCAUAGUUCUCACAGUACGUCAAGUAGAUGGGGACGAGCUGACCGGAAUUUGUUACGUGGGAAACCAUGACAAGAAUGCUCUCACUGGCUUUGUGUUAAUUCCCCUCAUUGUGUAUUUAUUCUUAGGAACAUUCUUCUUACUUUCUGGUUUUGUAGCUUUGUUUAGAAUAAGAAACAAUUUGCGUCAUGAAGGCACAAAUAUCAGAAAACUAGAAAAAUUAAUGGCAAAAAUAGGCAUCUUUUCUGUAUUAUACACUGUACCUUCUACUUGUGUGAUUGGGUGUUUAUUCUACGAACGUAUGAACAUGGAUAGUUGGAACAAAAUUGCGAUGGCCAAAGAGUGUAGAGAGACCGAUACAAAUGUAAAAGAUUGUCAUUUAGAACGGUCAAUUCCCUCGGUGGAAGUGUUCAUGUUAAAAUACUUUAUGUGGUUAGUUAUUGGAAUUACGAGUGGACUAUGGAUAUGGAGUUACAAGACUGUGGCCUCGUGGCAGAAAUUCUGCACGAGUCGGUUUACAAGCCGGAAGUCCAACCUGGGUCCCCAUGGACAAGCAGGGUACCAUCCUGCCCCGGUUAUGGUAAUAAACCGGGGACCAAAACACGUGCCAAAAACUUCCUCAUCUUUAAAUAGUGCAUCGAGGCAAUAGAACGAUAGCAGUAAAUGAUGCUUGUUAUAGUUACGUUUUUGUUGUAUUGUUAUUCACUAUUUUGUAUUGUGUCCUUUUAAGGGACAGUUCGUCGGUAUAUUUCCGUACAGUCGUUGUUGUACAUUUCAUUCUAUUAAUUGUUGACCUUGCAUUGAAUGCGUUUCAAUAGCUAUUUCUGGUAUUGUUAUAAAAUACCUUUCCCUUUUAAUAAUCAUCUAAAUUUUUGGAGCGUAAAUAUGCGACAUUUUUCAAUUUAUAAUUCAUUUUUGGUUUUGUAUUAUCAUUGUUAUUAAAUUCAUUAUGAGGGCAUACUAUGUUCAAGGGUUAAAAAUUGAUGUGAGAAUUUUUAUCAAUUCAUUUAAAAAAUGAGAUUAUUGUUUUUAAUUAUUGGCGUUUGAAAUGUAAUGAUAAAUAGUUGUUAUUAAUGAAGGCAGUUGUGCAUUAAACUUUGAAAAGUAG